CAUGUACUGCGAUCUCAACGUGCCCGCGGACGGCGCGGCUGGCGCGCAGCAGAGCUUCUUCCUCCUCGAGAUGGCCCGAUUAGGAUACGGCUGCAUGGCGCUCAACGUCGAGAACGACGGAACCAAGCCUCCGCGCGCGCCCGAGUCACUGGCGCCAUGGAGCCUCGAGAAUGGCCGGAAGACCAAAACGCAGCUGCAUGGUCUUCGCAUUGGCAGCGAGAGCCCGCCGCCGGCCGUCCGCCAGCUCAAGCGCAUCACGUUGCAGUGCGACGACAUGAACGCGGCGCAUGCCAUCAACAGCAACCCGGUGAUCCGCGCCUACGACAUUGUCGCCGUCGAGCCCUCGUCGCAGCGCCUCUUCCAGUCUUUUGCGAGCAAGGCGACGUCGAUGUCAUUGCGCUCGACGUCUCGUCGCGGCUGCCGUUCCAGCUCCGCAAGCCCUUGGUCGACGCGGCCAUUGCACGGGGCGUCUACUUCGAGCUCAAGUACACGGCGGCGCUGGGCGAUUCGAGCGGCCGGCGGUACUUCUUCGCCAACGCCAGCAGCCUCGUCCGCAUCACGCGCGGCCGCCACAUCAUCUUCGGCAGCGGCGCGGCGCGGGACAUGCUCCUGCGGUCGCCCUACGACGUGAUCAACAUUGGCAUGCUCCUCGGCCUGCCGUACGGUAAGGCCAUGGACGCAGUCUCGUCGUCGUGCACGGCCGUCAUUGCCCACGGAGAGGUGCGCAAGGUCAAGGGCAGCCAAGUCGUGGUCAUGCGGGACGCCACCGAGGGUGACGACGACGUCGACAUGAUGACCGAGUAGAUGCUGCAUGUUGGUAAUAUGAAGGACGGUUUAUGCUG